GCGACCUUGCUUCCCACCCGCCAUGGCGUCGCGUCGUCGCAGCUCCAGCGAGCGUGACAAGGAGGAGGAGGACCAGAAGGAGUCUGAGGAGGGGUCCGAGGAGGAGGAGGAUGGGGAGGAGGAAGAUGGGGAGGAAGAGCAGGCAGAGGCGCCGCAGGAUCCAGGGACUGCUUCCGCAGAGGCGCCGCAGAGUCCACCGGACGUGCCUGGAAUGCACUUCAGUGAGCACCUGUGGACAGCCUUGAACUUCGACAAGGUCCAAGACUACAACCAGCUCGAACUCUGCCCGCGCUUGCCCAGCGUCGCCAGCCCCAGCCUCAGCCCGACCACCAGCCACGCUUCGAUGUUCUCCUGGAGCCGCACGCCUAGCGAGAGCCCGUCCUCCAGCGUCACCCCACACAAAAGUGUUCCUAAAAUAUUCCAUACAUUUAGGAAGGAUAUGUCUGAUGUGAACUUAGAUAGCAGUGCUUAUCAGAAUGUAUACCAAGGAGUUGAAACAUCAGUUCAAACAGAAGAAAGUUGGCUUCAAGAACUGGCUGAUAAAAAGCAAACACAGAAGAAAGCAGUGCACCACAAAAGGGAAGCUGAAGACGUAAGCCAAGCUGCUAGGCUUAGAGAAAAGUGGGUAAUUAACCCAGAAGAGACAAAACUAAGUAUCUUAAAUGAGCUCGAGUUUCAGGAAGACUUCAUGACACUGUUUGAGCCUUCGCUAAGAACAUUACCCAGCAUCGGGCCGCCAACCAUUUUGGCAUACAAAAAAGAGACUUCCAAUUUAGACAUUAAUUUCAAGGAUGAAGAAGAGGAGCUAUCGCCUGAGUGUGAAUUUUGUGGCAGCGAUCUCAAAUCAUUUUUUUCCAAUUUGGAUAUUUAUUCUGACUACAGUUACAGCGAGCAGAAGAAAUGUGCCUCCUGUUGCCUUCAUUUCCAAAACCUGAUCGACUAUGUCUAUGAGGAAAAUCAGAGAGUCCAAAGCUCUAAAGCUGAAUUAAUCUGUAUUGAUCCUCACGCAUCCCAUGGCAGCGAGGUUGAUAAACUCAAGGCGAAGGAGAAAGCCCUGAAAAGAAAACAAGAACAACUACUGGCUAAACAGUUUGUCAAAAAAUUUACCGACUACACAACUGCCUCUGAAGAUCCAAAGCAUGUAAGAACUAUUACCUAUCAACUCUCCAUGAAUGUUCCAGAAGAAAAGACAAUCGAGGGGGGCCUGAUUGACCUGCAGCUAAGCAGCAACAUCUCCAUUGUUUGCUGUGACUCUAGGAGUGUGUGUGGAAAGGUUGUGAGGGACCAGUUCCUGGAAAAGCACUAUAAACACGGCAGCAAGUUUCUGACAUCCUUUCCAGAUGGGACAAUGCAAAUAUUCUAUCCAUCUGGAAACCUAGCCAUCAUCCGAGUACCCAACAGGAUAAGUGGUUUCACUUGCAUAGUUCAAGAAGAUAUUUCCAGUAACCCCUCCAUCCUGGCAGUGUUGGACUCUUCUGGCAAAAGUUCCUGCUACCAUCCUAAUGGAAAUGUCUGGGUAUACACCAAUAUCUUGGGAGGUCAAUAUUCAGAUCAAGCUGGUAACAGAGUAAGAGCUUGGAACUGGUCAAGCUUGAUUGCUUCCUCACAUUUUGUGUCCUUUAAACCUGUCUUUCUGGCUUUGAACUGCUACAUUGGUAUUCGCAUCUUAGAACAGGACAAGAUUUCUAUCAGUUUUCUAGCAAUGGGCCAGCAAGCAAGAAUCAAUGUUGGAACCAAAGUGAAGCUGCUGCGCCCUGAAGAGAUUCCCAUCCUUUGGUACCUGGGCGAAGAUGACCUCCUCCUGCUGGCCAAGGUCAUAAAGAUCCGACGCCUGUUUCAUAAGCUGGAAGGGUGUAUGAAUUUUCCCUCAAGCCAGGUUUUGGGAAAACUAAAGCAGCCCCCCUACUUGUCUUCCCUUUCUCUAAAACUAACUGCCCUAUGUCACAAUUCUGGUAUAAAGCGGGAUAUCAUGACAGCAAUACAGAACAUAAUCAAUAAAAAUAUUUAAGACUUGAUGCUUUCA